AUGUCUUCCACGAAGUGCGCCGUUGCCUGUAAGAUCAUGACGCCGUUAUGCAAUGCGGCCAGUAAGGUUCAAGCGCGUUCUGCAAAGAAACUUGCCGCACUAACAGACGCGGGAAUUCAAAAGACCAUCAGCGAACACAACGCCAACGGAACUGACGCAGCGGUGAGCAGUACGAAACGGUACUUGGCUGAACAGAGACAACUUUUCCACUACCGUGUGGUGCGUUUCUUUGACGAAUGCCACUACAUUACCUCCGGCGAGUACUUCGCGCAGUACACAAAAGUGAAUUUAAUUUGGGACCUUCGCUUCCUCACGAAGUUGGUGGUACUUUUCCUCAUUGGAACAGUGUUGGGAAGGCAAAGUAUUUUUCCACCAAUCGACCCGGAUUCUCCACUAGUGGAAGCACUGGUAACGAAGGUAAAUCCCAACUACUAG